CCACGUCCCCUUCGUUAGAAAUUCCUUUCUUAGUUGGAACGCUGAAGAUUUACGGGACACGAAGAAUUUCACUUUAUCCCUUUUCCCUCACACGCACACACGCGCACCAUUUUUAAAACCAGAAACCUAAUGGUGCCUUUGUCACUCCUUUCUCCUUAAUCCACACCAUCAAAAUAUGGAAGAAUUUGCACCUUCUUCAUCAUCACUCUUUUUUUCUCCUUCAAUCUCGCACCUGCUUUAUCUCCUCCUUCUUUACCUGUAAACAACUUUUACAGUUUAACACAACAACAAACCCUCUUCUUUUUGUAUAUAUUUAUUUUCCUUUUCUGUGAUGGGGGCUGCUGUUUCUUCACCCGAUAGAGCUGUAGACGAAGAAGGGUCUGAUUCUCAUCCAUCAAGACCGGGUCUUGCUGAUAUCCCAGAGAGUUGCAUCUCCUCCUUGCUCAUGAAUCUUGAUCCACCAGAUAUAUGCAAAUUGGCAAGGGUGAAUAGGGCCUUUCACCGAGCUUCCUCGGCUGAUUUUGUGUGGGAAUCAAAGCUGCCACCAAGUUACAAGUUUCUUGCUAAUAAAGUUCUUGGCGAACAAAAUAUUGCUACUAUGACAAAGAAAGAGAUUUAUGCAAAACUUAGCCUACCCAAUCGUUUUGAUGGCGGCGCCAAAGAAGUUUGGUUGGACAAAUGUAGUGGACUGGUUUGUUUGUUCAUGUCAUCCAAGUCCUUGAAGAUUACAGGAAUAGAUGACAGAAGAUACUGGAAUUAUAUUCCGACCGAAGAAUCCAGUACGUGCAGGUUCAAGAGUGUCGCAUAUCUACAACAAAUGUGGUGGGUUGAAGUGGUGGGGGAGCUAGAGUUUGAAUUCCCUGUGGGGAGUUACAGCUUAGUUUUCAGACUCCAAUUGGGCAAGGCCUCAAAGAGAUUGGGCCGGCGAGUCUGCAACGUUGAUCAAGUUCAUGGUUGGGACAUCAAGCCCGUCCGAUUCCAACUGUCCACAUCGGACGGCCAGCACUCACUCUCAGAGUGUUACUUGCAAGGACCUGGGGAAUGGGUCUACUAUCAUGUUGGAGAUUUCGUGGUCGAAAAGCCCAAUGAGCCAACAAUUAUGAAGUUCUCAUUGGCCCAAAUUGAUUGUACUCACACCAAAGGUGGGCUCUGCGUGGAUAGUGCCAUCAUCUGCCCGACGAUGUUGAGAGAAAGACUAGGAAAAAGUUAAUUAAUUAUUAUAGUUAUAAUUUACACAGUUUAAUUAUACACUUGUGUAAAAGGAAAAAAAAAUAAAGAAAAAGAGGCAUUGUUUUAUUUAUUUUUUAACAGAAAUUUGGUAUUAGAUGAAAGUACUCAAGUAUAGCCCUCGUUUUAGGUGGGUUUGAGUGUUGUUUUGCAAAUUACGUGUAGGAAUGACUAACGUUAAAUAAUAAUGCUAACUCGUGAACUCAGAGA